UUGCCGGGAAUCACACUCUCCCUGUGCCCGUCUCUUCGAAUAGUUCAGUUCGCACGUAAACGAUGAGCGAGUUCUGGUUGAUAGGAGCCCUAAUUUUUGGCUGCAUUUCUGCUGCUGAUCUCUGCCAAUAUCCCUAUCAGUGCGUUUACAAAGGAUAUUGUCGAACAUAUAUAAAUCUGAACAAUCUAAAUCUGAACUUAGGUACGUGCCCUUCAAACCAAGUUUGCUGCUACUUGUAUAACCCCAAUUCUUUAACCAAUUAUGAUCAAGGAAAUUGGAGGCAAGCUACAAACAAUUACCAAGCUGCUCCCACUAUAUACUGGCAGCAAAAUGGAGUAUCCACCACACCUUUGAGCCGAUAUGUAAACUAUGAGCAAGCCUCAACACCUCGGUCCCCAGUUGGAAACUAUUUUCAGAGCUCGUCCACUAACCAAUGGGCCAGCCAACUCCCUUACUCCCCUCCAACCACACCUUCCCCACCCACGACCACCACCCAGCGGCCCCAAACUGAAUACCAUUACCAAACCUCACCGAACCCUGCUCCGGUCCGAGUUGAAGGCCCAUCUUACCCACCAAUCGAGGCUUCCCUCUUGACCGGACUCUGCGGCGUGGCUAAUCCCAGUGGGCCUGGUCAAUAUCCCUGGAUGGUGGCUCUAUUUAGCCGUGGUGAGUACUUUGGAGGCGGUUCCCUAAUUGCUCCCGGAGUAGUGUUAACAGCAGCUCACCUUCUGGCCAACAAGAACGCCAAUGGGAUUGUGGUCAGAGCGGGCGAAUGGGAUAUGGCCUCCAAUCAGGAGGCAAACCCCCAUGAGGAGCGCUUUGUGCAAAAAAUCGAGCAACACGAAGACUUUGUAUUCGGGAAUGCGUCGAACGACAUGGCGCUCCUGUAUCUCCACUCUCCCUUCGAACUGAAGGCCCACAUCCGUACCGUCUGUUUACCAAGCGAGGCAAGCUCUUUCGACCACAAGCGCUGCGUGAUGGCCGGUUGGGGAAAGCCCUCCUACCAGGAUCCCCAAAAUUCAAAAAGACAAAAGGUAGUGGAGCUACCCAUCGUGAAGAGAGAAGACUGCCAGAAUCAGUUGAGGCGCACUGUGAUGGGUCGAAACUUCAAGCUCCCCGAAAGCCUGAUUUGCGCCGGCGGAGAACGAGGCCAGGAUGCCUGCACCGGCGAUGGUGGAUCUCCCCUCUUCUGUCCCCUGGAAAACGACCCCAAUCGGUACGAACAGGCUGGCAUCGUCAGCUUUGGCAUCCGUUGUGGCCAGGCGAAUGUGCCUGGAACCUUCACGAAUGUGGCCUUGUUCAGGGACUACCUCGAUCUCAAGUUGGCGGGCGGCAAACUCGAUUUGUAAAGAUAACAAUUUUAACACAGAAGUUUUAAAAUAAAAAGUAAUCUCAACUUCA